AUGACCAUAUACGAUCAACUUUUACUUGAAAAAAUUGUGAUUUUAAUAAGUUUAACAAAUAAUUCCAAUUACAUUUUAUUAUUAUUGUUGAUAAAAAUAAUUCAAGCAAAUGGUGUUCACUAUGAUUGUGGCUGUAUCCUAAGUGAAGAUGGGGCUUUGAUACAAUUUGCUAACAAAGGAACGGCACAAUCUUUAAAUGUUCCUGCAAUUUAUGUUGCUUACUUUGCAACGUUCGGAGCAAUGGCUUGGCACUUAUUAUUAUAUGAAAACUCUGUUUCUAAUUUGUAUGGUCCGAUUUUGGCUAAACAUGCUGUUGAUAAUAAUGAUCCUGUACAUCGUAUUGCUGGAAAUAAUGAAAGAAUACGUGUAUGUCAUUUUGUUCGUGCUCGACUAUUGGCAACAAUAAACUUUUUAUCGAUACGUUCAAAUAAAGAUGAUGCUUCAAUUGUUUUAAAUCGUUGUUUUGAACAAUUUGCCUAUUUAACAUUGAACAAAGUACAAAAUUCAUGGAUUCAACCUACGUAUACGACAUUGAAUGAUGAAUUAAAAGCUGAACAAGAGUUCCAAAGUCAAGUGUUUUAUCGUGUUCAUCAGCAGUUACCAUCAUAUAAAGCUUAUCUUAACGAUUUACGUCUACAAUCUGAAAUUCAAUCAAAUCUACAAGAAUUCAUUUCAAAUACUCCAGUCCAUGUUCAAUAUCAACAUUUCAUAACAGAAUUACGGAAUCCACAAAAUGCUAGUUUACUAUUAACAAUUCUUCAUCAUGUACUUGAUUCAAAAGAUUUUUUGAAAAUGACUUCACUUAUUUAUGAUCUUAGUCAAUUUUAUAUUUUAUUACAUCAAACUUAUGCACAAUUAAUCGAAUCAAAACAAUUUUCAUCUAUAACCUUGGAAGAAUUGUAUUAUAUUGGAAGAAAACAUCAUGAACGAACUCAUAAUUCAGAUACACAAUGGUUAAUUAUUGAAAAUGGAAUUAAAGCUGUCAACACUUAUUAUUCGUUCACAAAUGGUCUUAUUCAGCCUGGUGCUUGUGAUGAAACUCAACGUUUUACAUCAAUUGCCAUUGAUACACCAUUAAGUUAUAUUGUAACAACUGGCAAUCAUGACGAAGGAGAUAUUGUAUGGCGGAUACUAAGUGUUCUCGUUAAUCAUCACAAUGGUUUAUUAGAUACAAUUCAAAAAGAGUUAAAUAGUGAGGAUAAUUCACAACAUAGUCUUAUAUUGAAAAAUUUAGUGAAUGAUUUAUCAUCAAAAAAAGUGUCCAUUAUUCAAAUAGCUCGUGACAAUAACGGUGUCAUAUCGUUAAAUAAUAAUGAUUGUUUGUGGAUCGAACGGAUAGCUGAAGCCAGUUUAAUAACUGACGAUGAUAAUGCAUAUUUUCAAAAAAUUGAUUCUCAAUUAAACUUUGAUUAUCGUUAUGUUCAAUCUUAUCUCAUUCGAACAUACUUAUUAUCAUCACCAAUCAACUAUGAUCACAUUCACACUAAAUAUACUUGUCAUAUACAUAAAACACAAAUAAAAUUAACAACAAAUAAUACGUAUGAAAUUGGUGAAGAAUAUUCAAUUCCAUUAAAUGAAAAUGAUUUAGAAACACGAUGGAAUCAUUUAUCCGAAAUGAUGUUAGAUAAAUUAUAUCAAUGUCUCAUUAUUAUCAAACGUCUCUCAUUAAUGUUAGAAGAUCAAGUAAAACAAAACGAAGAACUCAAUUUAUCUAAAAUGUAUGCAUAUGAAUUUUUUGAACGUUAUUCAUUGGAAGAAAAUCAAAAAGAACAAUUAGAACAACUUGAUAUUAAAGAUUUUCAACUAUGUUAUAUUAAUUCUAUACGCAUGCUAUAUGAAAAAAAUAUUAGUGGAUUUGAACAUUUAUUUUCUGAUAUGCCUCAACUUUUACGUAUGCCAAUAACGGAAGAAUUAAAUAAUGAAAUAAAUCAAAUGUUUCAAAAUGUACUGGAUAGUGAUUAUACCACAACGGAUGUAAUUCAAUCCUCUAUACAAACAAUAACAGAUUUAUUAAAUGAUUUAAAAGAAAUUGAAUACUUUUUAUUACAACAAUCAACUCAAUCAUUAGCGGAAACAUGCCAAAUAAUGGCAAUAUCAAAUCCAUUAUUAAGUCUAAUACCCAAUGGAAUUAAAUGUGAAAAUUAUCUCUAUAUCAGCAUUCUGCUCACUAGACAACGAUCAAAAUUACAAGAAUUAUUAAUAAAUCUUGAAGAAAAACAAGCCAAAAUGCAAACUGAAUUAUGGAGUGAGUCAUUUGUCAAGAAAGAAGAACAUGAACCAGUAAAAAAUCGUUUUCAACAGUAUUUAAAUGAAGAAGAACAACAACAGCAGCCAAUUCUUUUACAAACAACAGCAACAGCACCAACAGAACAAAAUUUAAUUUUUUGGGAUACAUUUGAUGAUAGAGCAACGUUAGAUCUAUUGUGUCAAAUAGAUGUACCAACAACAAUGAUGGAUGAUGAUUUGAAUGAGAGAAAUAUUUCGAAUAUUACUGAUGGAAAUGGUGAAGAGCACAAUGAUCCAUCAAUAAUUGAUCCAAACAUAUUUAAAAAAUAUGGAGUUACAACUAAUCUAUUAAAUACAAGUCCUAAAACAACAGAUGAUCGUCAUGAACAUCUGUCAUUAUUUGAAUUACGUUUACAAUCUGUCCCUCUAUCAUCUUGUUUGCUAAUUAAAAAAAUUAUGGAAAAACAACAAGAAACACUCCUUCCUCCCGUAACAAAAGCACAAAAAUUUAUUCUUAAAUUUGAUGAUGCCAGUAAAAAACCAGUAUCUUCACUGCGUAAAUUAGAUAAAGUUCAUGAGUUCCUUAAAAAAUCAUUUGACGAACAGAAAUAUGAUGUGACAACACAUUUUGUAGUUGAUAGUGAUCAAAUUGUUGUCGAUUUCAAUCAAAUUAUCCAGAAGCAAACAUUACUAGAAUAUCAAGUGAUUCAAAGAUCAUCGUUGAUCAAUGUGAGUAUUCGCUAUAAACGCGAUUCAUUGCACUAUGAAGCUAAAAGUGAUACGAAUAUUUCCACUAUCGUUUUACGAUUUAUUGAAGAUGUUAAUAUAACAACCAUGUUUUAUUUAAUUGAUCAAUUGGGUAAAUGUAUUGAAUGUGAACCGAUUAAUAGAAUGCAUCGUGGAAAUAAUGAUACGAUUUAUUUAACAGUAGUAGAAGACGUGAAUGAUGAUCUUUGUCAGAUAACUGCGCGAUCAAAGCAAGAAGUUUUUGCUUAUGAUAAGUUGAAACAGCAAGAUAGUCGAGGAGGUGAUCAUUAUGCAGAAUCCUGCGGGACAGACUCAACCCGCAUUCGUCUGUACAUUGCUGAUAAAUUAUAUUUUGCUUCUUCAGUUCUCCUUCCUUUAUCGACAGAAAAAAUUAAAAAAGUUACACGCCGCAGUUGUGUUGCACAGCUACACAUUGCCGAUAUUAUUCCUUUAAAUAUACGAGGUAACGAACAUCCGCAAUUGUUUUCCCCUUCGACCAAAUUUCAACAAAUUGGAGAAUGGUUAAUGACAAUACCAGUAACAGAAAUAGCAGAUUCAAUUAAUUAUCAGUUUUGGAACAGAAAUCAAAAAUGUUUGGUUGAAAUAGUCGAUACAAUAUCGUCUAUAUUAAAAGAAAGUAAAAAUGAAUUAGUGACAACUGAAGAACAUCAGUUUGUAUAUGUUGAUGGUGUAAGCGUUGAUGAUUUAAUAAAAGUCAAAUUUGAAUAUGAAUCAAAUUCGUACUGUAUUGGUACACUGAAGCCAACUUUAAUUAGUGAUUUAUUAUACAAUGAACAGACAUUAAAAUAUUUAAAAAUACAAACAUCUCCCACUGAUUGUGUACUAGUUUUAGAUAAUGGCACGGAAAACGAAGAGCAAAUUCUUCAAGGACAAGAAGAUUUUCAACAACCUGUAAGCAAAUAUUUAUCAUCAAAUUCACAACUUAAUUUUCGAAUAUCAACAUUAAUAACUAUCGAACGAUACAUUGAAAAGACUAUAACACAAAAACCAAUAUCAAAUAGAAACGUAACAAUUGAACAAAUACUAACAUUAGUCUUAAAAGUGAAUGAUCAUUAUUUGGCUAGUACAACAACAAUGGAAAUAUUAGAUUCUCAUCAGCUACUUUCAAAUAUAAAUGAAACAAAAUUUUAUCUAUUAAAAGAAAAUGAAACAUGUUCAGUUUCAAUAAAUACGCCCAAAACAGAACAAUUAAUUGUUAUCGACGAUAACGAUCAACCGAGCCACUAUAUGAAACGUUUUCCGAUUUAUUCAUUGAUCGAUAAUGUUUACAAAUUAUUUAAGAUUCCGUCGACACAGUAUCUUAUGCAUUCAAAAGAUUUUAUUCCAGCAAAUGAACUUCAAUUAUUUUCAUUUUUACAAUCGUUUCAAAGUCAAACAAUAAUUUUUUCAUUAAUCAAUGAAAAUUUACCAUUAACAAUUCGAAUUAGAGAUAAAAAUCAAUGUUUAAUUAAAUUUAAUUGUUCAAAACUGUUAAAAAUUAAACAUCUAUGUGAAAUAGCGUGUAUGUUAUUCAAUGAAAAUGGUGAAUUUUAUCAGUUAUUUGAUGGUGAUUCAAUUAUUGAUGAUACACUUGUAAUAGGUGAAGAUAUUGAUACAAAUAGUAAUGAAUUUGAAUUUGAAUUUUUAUGUACAACAAACAUGAAAUGUCAAAUUGAAUAUAAAUUACAGAUAAUUGAUUUACCAUGUAGUUUAAAAACGUUAACAAGAGAUAUAUUCAAUUCUGCAUUUCAAAAAUUUCAAAUUAAUGAUGAACAAAAUUCAUAUGGUUUAUAUACAAUGGAUGAUGAUUCACAAAUUGAUUUGGAUAAUCCUCUUGAAGAUUACGAUACUCUGUUAGUGGAAGAGAAUAAUUCCAAAAUAUUUCGAUUUAAACUUAAAUAA